ACGUACACGUGUAUGGAUCAUAAUAAUUCUCUACUACGGUUUAUCCAAUUCAGUGUCUUUGGAGGUGGAAAAAGGGGGAAGUUGCGAAGGUGGCUACAAAGGGGUAGUUCUCUUCAUUAAUCUUCAGAUAAAUUUAUCAAAAUGGAUACUUUAAGAAUUUACCUGAAUAAGGAAAUGAAAAAGUAAUGUCGAAGAUACAAAACGAUUCGGCUUUACAAUUCCCACGACCUACCGCUGUCCGAAAAACAAGUCGGACGGUACGGUGAUAGUUGCACUCGACGACUUAGCAGCGAGUAGUCACGGUGAAUAGGUGUCAAACAUGAGUAUAUUAUCAUGGUAUCACUACUUGAAUGAGGAUUUGGCCGACCCGAGGACCAAAGACUGGAUUCUGGUAAACUCGCCUUCGAUUCUGUUUGUGUUGACAUUCUCGUACCUGUACUUUGUGCUACAAUGUGGCCCGAGAUAUAUGGAGAAGAAGAAAGCGUACUCCUUGAAGACCGUCAUCAAGAUAUACAAUGUGUUUCAAAUCGUGGCGAACGCGCUGAUCAUUAAAGAGAUAUUUGACGCUGGAUGGUACGAGGAUUACUUCUUCUAUUGUGCGCCGAUCGAUUUAACUAUGAAUCCUACGUCGAUGAAGAUCUGCAGGAUAAUGUGGUACCUGCUAAUCUUAAAAUUGAUCGAUUACGUGGAGACUGGAAUCUUCGUCCUAAGAAAGAAACAACGACAAGUGUCGUUUCUACAUCUGUAUCACCAUGUUUCGACGGUUAUAAUCGCAUGGCUUUGUGUGAAGUAUAACGUCAAUGGAAUGACGAUGACUAUUCCGGUAGUCAAUUGCGGGAUACACGUGAUAAUGUACUCUUACUAUCUGGCGGCAACGUUCGGACCGACUGUGCAACGAUACCUUAAUAAAAUCAAACCUUUGAUCACCAUCAUGCAAAUGAUUCAAUUUAUCGUACUGAUGCUGUACGUGGCGCAGGCGUUCAUCCCAGGAUGCUCAGACCUGAAAUUCCUACCUGGAAUAAUGCUAGUGAACUUAAUGAUCAACUUCUACCUGUUCUAUCAAUUCUACCAGGAGGCCUACGUGAAGAAAAACAAACGAUCGUAAAGAGUGCAAAUCCCGUGAAAUAUUUAUAAGAGAGCGUUGAAGAAGAACGAGGUUUGUGAAUUCGAAUCAGCACGUCUGCACUCUACUCUCGGAGUACCUAAGAGCUGAAGAAAUUAACUUUAAUGGGUGUCCCUUGAAAGGAUCAGAUAUUGGUACAGCACCCAAUUGGUCUAAAAAUUUGCAACAUUGGGACAGCAGGCGACUAAUACUCCAUCGGACUUGUUAAUUAUUUAUAGACAAUCAUACUUCUAAAAAAAUAUCGAUGAAAGGAAAAAUUUCCUCCAAAGUUCAUAAACGUGAACCUGCGCCUGAAAUUCAAAAUAAAACCGUGAUUAGCAAGAAAAAUCCAUUGUAAGAAUUUGUAACAUCCGAAUUUUUCCAAAUCACAAAAAUUCUACAA